CCAAGGCCGGGCUCUAUUUGCAAUGGAUUUAUAUCAAGUUUUCCAAUUGGAAAAUCCAUCUUGCCAAGCCAUCUUCACAGACCUCAUCCAUACAUCCAUACAGUAGCUCCCUCAUCCCAACACCACACACAUAAUUCCUCUGUCCACGUCUCUUACCUCUCGAACGCCGAAAAUACCACCAACCAAGGACAGCGAUUACAACAAUGUCUCCCUGAAAAACCCGACUCGCAUAAAACAUCCCCUCCCCGAAACCGACUCCGAAAGCGCAACCGACCGACCCUCCCUCGCUCCCUCACACAAGCAAUUCGCACCCCCGAGUCCCCAAAGCUUUCACCAGCAAACCUCGACCAAACCACCAAAACCACAUAAACUCCCUCCACCACCAUCAACAUGGCGCAACCCCCAUCAACCUACCACCACCACCAACCCCCGUCAUCUGCCUCCACCUCGACCGACCCUCACCCAGACCCCACAUCCACCCUCGUCUCCCUCUCGGCCCUCGACUUCCUCCUCAUAGAACUCGUGCCCAUGGCGUAUAGAAUAGCAUUCGACCUCGCAGCGCGGGAAGAGGCGUGGCUAAUGAACAAUGGGAGCUCGUCGACGUCCGCGGCCGCGAUAUCGAAGGGCAGGGAGGAUGAUGUUGAUGGAGGAGGAGGGAGAGGCGCAAGAGCAGGAGGUGGUGGAGGAGGAGGAGCAAGUAGUCUAUCCGGCGCCGGGGAAAGAACCGCAGGCCCCGCGACGACGACGGUGAUGGACGAGGAAGAAGCGCGGGAAGCCGUAUUCCACCGCCUCGAGAGCCUGGGGUACAGAGUCGGCUUGGGCAUCGUCGAGCGCGUAUCCCGCAACACACCGCGCCCCACAACCCCACUCGACACGAUCAAGUUCCUCUGCAAGGACCUCUGGACCCUCUUAUUCCGCAAACAAAUCGACAACCUCAAGACGAACCACCGCGGCAUCUACGUCCUCACCGACCACUCGUUCAAGCCCCUCAGUCGCAUGAGCUUCGAUACGCGGAGACCGCCUCCUGUUGCUGCUUCUGCUUCCGCUGCCGCUCAGGCACAACUCCCGGCGCCGAAUGCAGCAACAUCAACGACAACAGCAACACCAGACCCAGCCUCAUCCACAACCGGUCUAGGAGCCCUCGGCCUCGGCGCCGGCGCCGGUGGCGCAGUCGUCCCAGUCCCUUCAGGCUUCGUCGGACCCCAGGGCCUCGCGCAGGUGCAGCCCUUCCUCUAUUUCCCCGCCGGCCUGAUACGCGGGUGCCUGGCGAGCUUGGGCAUCCAGGCGAGCGUCACGGCAGAGUGCACGGGGCUGCCCGGGGCGACGUUUCAAAUCCGGACUGUGGGCGCAAAGGCAUAGUAGGAUGCGCGGGGGGGAUCAAAUAGGAAGGGAUGAGCAUGGUGGGUUUUGGUUUUCAGCGGCAUUUGGGCGGUGUAUUUUAUUGUUUUUGGGUGGGUGGAAUGGUGCCGUCAUGUAUAUACAGAGUUUGGCAUCCAGCGGGUUACUACUAUCUUGUUCCGGACCAUGGGAGAGCUUUAUAGACAUCAUCUACAAGCCGAUGUAGACAUCGACAAGGUAGACCUUGGAAUGGAAGAUGCAUCACACACAUCAC